UGCCGCGCCAAAGCUGGUGAGUGGAUCAGUUCCCGAGCUCCGCCGUAUUGCGUAGAUCAUGGACCGACGCUCGGCCCUCACAGCUCGAGGGGCUCACGCCCUGGCCUCAUCUGAAGCGCAAGAAAACCAGGAUCCUGUCGAUGCGAAAAUCUCCACCAAGUCACUCGUAUCGGCGUCAAGAUCGGCCAUCAAAGCGCCGGAAGCGAAAAGCUCCAAUGCGCAUGACACAAGCGCUCGAACUCUCCGCCGCGCACUCCACAGCAUCGACAGCAACCGCCCUCGACCGACAUUAAACCCAACAAGACGUCCGCCGUCGAAUGCGCCCUCACACGCACCUACAGACCCAGUAGAAGCCAAGAAAGUGCGCAGGCAGGCGGCCACCUCAAAACAGACCUUUACAAAGACAAAUAACGCCACUGAGGGCCUGAUAACAGGCCACAAACGCCCAGCGACUGCAGCAGCCAACGAGGCGAAGACGCCAACCCUCUCCGAGGGCCAGUCAGACGAACAAGAGAGCGAGAAUUUGGCCUGGAUGGACAUGAUGCUGGCGCUGUUGGAGAAGCGCUACGGCUCCAAUUCCUCGCUGCCUGUGUGUCUCACAGACCUAGAGGCAGCCAACAUGUUCCAUUUGCCACAGAACAAAAAGAUCAAGACAGGAAUCUCCGUAACAAAGUCCAGGACUAGCCUGGACGACUCUAGAAUCAACACACGUGCCAAUGACACUAAAUUGCCAGCAACCUGCUCGACAAACUCGCAGCAGAUCUCAGCGCGGUUUGAUCACGAGCCAGAGCAGGCAAAGGAGAAGAAACGACAGCGUUUACUGCUACGGCACGCACAGCAGAUCCAAGCGUCCAGCGUGUCCUCGUCCACGAGCUGCGGAUGCAAAACCGGUUGCCUCAAAAUGUACUGCAUGUGCUUCAGUUCCAGAGGCUUUUGCCACGCAGGAUGCGCCUGUGACGACUGCAAGAACGGACGCAAUAACCAGACCGAGCGUGUGGAAGCCAUCCAGAACUAUUUAGCCAAUGAUCCUCGCGCCUUCUCCUUCACGUCGCUUCCUCAAGAUACCAACACCACGGGCUUCCUUCACCUCCUGCCGCAGAAAUCUAGCGCGGUCGUGAUGCGUGGGUGUCGCUGUAAGAAGUCCAAGUGUUUGAAGAAAUACUGCGAGUGCUUCCAGAACGGCAUCGCCUGCACGUCGCACUGCCGCUGUAUGGAUUGCUCCAACCACAGCGAGUCGACAGCUGCACACCAGCAUGCUCAUCUGCAGAAGGGCAACGCUGCUAGUCACGACAAGAUCGCCCAAUCCGGCACCAGCCUCCCUUCCACCACCGGAAAGAAGCCAUUCCACCCCGUUCACAUCACGGUGACCAAGCAGCCACGUCGGAAUCACGUGGGCAAGACGCUGCGUCUCAAUUUGUAACCUGCUGCAGACGCUUGCUCUAGUUGAUCGCAAUGCCAUUCUCAAGAAAUAAAAACACAAUAGACCUUCAUUUCAGCUCAA